AUGGAAUAUAGAUGCUAUUACUGUGACAUAGAUUUUCGACUUGGAAUUCCCCUAUCAUACAGAAGGAAAUAUUGCAAAAGUUGUUCCAUGGACUAUGGCUAAACAUUUAUGCUAUAUGUAUUGAUCCAACAGCCACAGCUAGAGUAAAUUCUGAAAAGUUAUUCUAAGUAAGCACAGCCCCAGAUACAUUCACAAGGCAUAUUGCUCUUUCUUUAAGGUUACAUAAGGUCCUAUUCAUGCCCCUAUUUAGUAUUUCAGCUUAAAAUAUUAUUUAGCAGACAAGCAUUUUCGUUUUUCGUUACAAAUUCAUGUCGAGAAGUUCUCACAUGAAAGGGUUUGACCACGAACACUUUCAUUGACGACAUAAGAUCUGGUCCAAGGCCUGAAUGCUGAUUAGGCCUAAAUAGCAAGAGAAAUGCGGGCGUAAUCAUUGAAGUACAGCCUUCCUUAUUUUUGUAGUUCAUUGAGACAGAAACUCCCAGCUCUCUAGGGUUCUGCUCUCACACGCCUACCCCCCAAUAUUUCCGGUUUAAAUGGAAAUUUCUCUGUGUAAUAUUCAGUGGCCUUUGAACAGCUUUGAAAGAAAUUUUCUUUGCCCCUUGUUUGCCCCCCCCCCAGUUUUUUCAAAAGGUUCUGUUAAAAAUUCAAUGUUUUCUUCCUAAGCUGUUGAAUCAUUUUUUGACUUUCUUAUGGUUACUCUCUCUAUUUUUCUCAAUGCGAUAGCUUCAGACAGACUUGUUUGUUGCUCAAUCCUUCCACCGUCCCCUUCCCCCCCGCCCCCUCCAAGCAAUGUUGUUUGUUGAGAUUUGGUAAAGCAGUUGCAAAUCGCGUGUGUAAAGAUCGUAUAUAAUACCAAGAUAUCAACAACAUUGCUUGAAGGGGGAAGGGGGUCAAAUACAAUUCUAGUAGAUGACUGUCAAUAAAUCUAUCCUGAUUUCAUCACUGGUCUCAAUAUCUUCGUUUUGGUUUGUAAUCGAGGUGAACAUUAGUAAAAUUUUGGCUCCUUUCUGUAGUUACCAAGAAAAAUUUCUUCUUGACAAUCACUUAAAUUCUAUAUUUAUUAUAUAUUAUUAUAAAGAUGCACCUUUUUGGGGUGGGGUGUGCAGGAUAAGCCCAAACCAAGAUUAUCCGUAUUCCAUUGAAAACCCUUUUCGCUCUGGAACCCAGCGCAGGGCUCCAGUCUCCCCAGUCCUCCUCCACCCCCCUCCCCCCGGUUCCGACAGGCCUGAACUACUAUGGAAAAAUUUUAUCAAUCAACUUUACAAAGCUAUUAGCCUUUUAUUUUUAGAAGUAUAGUUCUUCUGUUGAAAUUCUAAUAUUCAUGCAUUAUUGUUAAACAGAUAAAACUCAGUGGAGUACCGGAUCAAAGUUACCUUUAGUUAAAUAACAAGGGUCCCAAACCUUUAGGGGCCCUCAGCAACAAUUUUUCUUUGUUAUUUUUCUAAGGGGACGCAGCUGCUUAUUAUGUGACUUAUAAAACUAUUUGGCAUAAUGAUAACAGUCUUGAUAGAACUGUAUCAAGGACAUAUGUAUCUAGGGGGCGCUAAAAAUCGGUGCCUUGUAGCUAAUUUUGAGCCACCAUGCCACUGCUUUACAUUCUAGUAGUUCGCAAAGUAAUAGAAAGCGUUGGCCCCUAUAACUGAAAGGCCCCCCCCCCAGAUUUUUAAGGCAGGAUUCGCCAUUGAUAAUAUUAGCUUUAUACUUUUUGAAAGCAAAAGGUCCCUGGUAAAGAAACCGUUAUGCAGCUCCUCCAUAGCAACAAUCCAAUUCAACUUACUAUCAAUAGAACAAUCAAUGUUGAAAUAUAUGGCGCGAGUUUGGCUAUAAAACCAAGUUCAUGGAUUUUCUUGUAAAAGACCUGGAUUGAAGCAUAAAUUUUUUAAAGUUAGUAUAGCAGAAUAUGGCCAGCCCAUCUCCUUCAAAAAAGGCCAAAAAGAAUCAAGAUGCCAACAAAUAUGUUACCUGGCUGCUGGCCUCAAUUGCUAAAGUUAAGGGCCAGAAACAGAGACCAGAUGAGGCAAGGAUUUGUCGUGUUAUGAAUCUGUCAUAUGGGAUACCAGAAGAUGAAGCAUUAGUGCAACUUGGACUUGCAGUUAAGUCUGGCGCUGUACUUCGGCUAGAAUCAAAAGGGAAGUCAUCAUAUAAAAACCCAGCCCUCCAUGUUGGUAGUUUGCUCAAAGCAUCAACUCCUCAGAAAGAAGAUGUUAAAGAAAGGGGAAUCAAGAUCAAAAAGGAAAAGAAAAGUUGUGAUGGAAAAAAGUCAUUGACUAUGUCUGAUUUCUGUGGUUUUUGCAAAGGAACAAGGGAAAAGAAUCGUUAUGACGAGGAAGAAGACUUGCUGACAUGCUCAGAAUGUGGAAAUAGUGGGCAUCCAAGUUGUCUGCAGUAUUCAAAGGAGUUGACAUUGAGGGUUUCUAAAGAACCUUGGCAAUGCAUCGAAUGUAAAUUGUGUGCAAAGUGUAAAGAGCAGGGAGAUGCGGCCAAUUUACUUUUUUGUGAUGCAUGUGAUAAGGGCUGUCACAUGGAUUGCCUUGACCCACCGAUGGAUGAAAUGCCUACAGGCAGCUGGGUAUGUCGAGACUGUGACAGUGAAAGAGACGGCAAAAGACGAAGGAGCAUCGCAGUGUUAUGCACGCCACCAAGAAAGAGAAUUCGUCAAGCACUAUCAGAAAACGGUGAUUGCGAUGGAGGCGAUAAAGAGAAUACGAGUCUUUGUCCAACACCCGGAUGCGAUGGCUCAGGUCACGUGAGAGGCACAUACGGAACACAUCGGAGUAUACUUGCUUGUCCAAAAGCAAAUACAGACACGCCCAAAAAGCGACCGCAAAAACAGAAACUGCCACAAACACCAAGUGAAAUUGGACUUCCCAAAAUGACGAGAUUGCCACCAGGAGUUACGGAAAAGGAUGUAGAGCUGUUUAGGAAAGCCCAGGAAAAAGUCCAUGCUUCGGCACUGAACCGCAGCUCGGGGAGACCGGCUGUUUCCAAUCCAAAUGGUCGAUAUCCUCCAUGUAUUGAGUUUGGAAAGUGGGAGAUUGACACGUGGUAUUCAUCGCCUUAUCCGCAGGAAUAUGCCAGUGCUCCAAAACUCUACCUUUGUGAGUUCUGCCUGAAGUAUAUGAAAACACGCAAUAUACUGAAAAGACACCUCAUGAAAUGUCAGUGGUCCCAUCCACCUGCAAAUGAAAUAUACAGAAAAGACGAUUUGUCAGUUUUCGAAGUUGAUGGAGCUGUCUCAAAGCUGUAUUGUCAAAACCUUUGUCUACUUGCAAAACUGUUCCUUGAUCACAAGACCCUUUAUUAUGAUGUAGAACCAUUUCUGUUUUACGUCGUGACCAAAAACGAUCGAACUGGUUCACACCUAAUUGGGUAUUUUUCAAAAGAAAAGGCAUGUCAGCAAAAAUACAAUGUAUCUUGCAUCAUGACUAUGCCACAAUACCAAAGGCAGGGAUUUGGACGUUUUCUUAUAGAUUUCAGUUAUCUUUUGUCACGAAUCGAGAAACAGCCAGGCUCUCCAGAAAAACCUCUUAGCGAUCUUGGAUUAGUGACAUAUCAAAAUUACUGGAAAAGUGUAAUCGUGGAAUAUCUUCAUGGAAAUGUGAAUUCAAAAUUGCUGUCUAUAAAAUCCAUCAGUGAGUCAACGGGUAUGGAUCCACAUGACAUUGCCUCUACUCUGCAACAAUUGAACUUCGUGGAAAUUAAAGACGGAAAGUUGACAGUGGUCAUUAACCAGAAAGUUAUGAAUGAGCUUUUAGGGAAAAUUCGACUUCAAAAGAGAAUCCCCGUCGAUGAAGACCAUUUGCGAUGGACACCCUUAGUUCAAGCUGGUAACAAAGACACUACUUUGGAAGAACACGAGUUAAGCAGCGAUGAGAAUGAGUCUCAGCCGAAUAAUUCUGUGAAUAAUCACAGCAAAGUUCAACUUUCAGAUGAAGAAGACGCUGGACUAAAGACGAGAAAAAGGAAGAAGAAGUCAAAGAAAAUGCCAUUGAAGAUUGAUUCAGAAGAAGAUACUGAAGAUGAGAAGCAAACUUUAGCUUCUCAGAAUCUAGAAGCAGCAGAUACAUAUGAAGAAUCUCGAAGUAAAGGCGAAUUAAACCCCAAUGGAUAUAUUAAAUCUGACGAAGAUGCACCUAAAAAGGCACAGAAAAAGAAAAGACGUUCAAAAACUGAAGACAAAAAUAAUCUACUAAAUGAUAGGGUAUCGUAUCAAAGCGAGGAUGAUGAGAUACAGAGAAUAAUAAACAAUAGACCACCAUAUAUAGAGGACUCAGAGGCCCAUGAAAUAGUUUGCACCAAAGAUAAAGAAAUUAAGUCACGUUCACUUGAAACACCAACCCAAGCCAUAGAAGGGCUGAAAUAUGCGGUACGAGAUUCUCCCGGACUUUGGAAAUCAGAUUUAGAUCCGGUUGAUUUCCCUGGACUAGAAGCGUCCGCCUCUAAUUUCUUUGAGAUGAAUAGGUUAUCAGAACAAAUUGCUGCUACUGCAGAUUCAGUGACGUCAGAGGGUGAUAUAGAUGAACUUCUUGGAGCUGCAUCAGAAGCAGAGGAGAAAAUGAAACAAGAGAGAGCUGCUGGAGAAGUUUGUGAUGCUUCAUGAUCCAGGUUUUACGCUGUCUUGUUUUAACAUGUGUUUAAUCUUAUGGAAAUUUGGUGCGCUAAGAAUGAUCAAGCAAAACCCCGUUUUGUAGAACCACCCCAAACAAACGUCAAAUACAAGGAACGCUAAACUAAGUAUUUCCCUUCAAUUUUUUACCGAUGAGCAAUUGAUAGCAUCACAGUACAUGUUUUUUCUUAAUGAAUUUCGUUUAAACUAUAACCACAUAUGAUGUUGUCAGUUUGCUGCUAGGUUCUUUGCAAAAGCAGUAGCAACAGCACAGAAAACAAGUUUAACAUCAGCUAACCCUGAUAUGCAUGAGCAUAUGUUUUGCGGUUACUAGCUAUGUCUCUACUCUGUUACCCUGCUUUAAGUCGCAUGCUUUUGAACGGUUUCCCGGUUUUUUUGAAGUACCAAGAGGCCCUUUCAUUAUGGACGCAUAAGCCUACAGUAAACACCCGAUAACUCGAACAUCCAAGGGACCAGUGAUGUGUUCGUGAUAGCGAAUGCUCGAAAUAUUGGGGGCAUUUUUAUUUGAAGGUAUCGGUAAAGGGAAUACGAUAUCAGUUCGACUAAGGGAAUGCUCGAGUUACCGGGGGUUCGAGUUAUCGGGAGUUUACUGUAUUUUUUAGAGAAACUCACGUAACCGCAAAGUAGGAGGUGUUUUGAAACAUGGUUAAGUGGUAGAAGAACGUAAUGCCUACCCUAAAGCAGUAGUUGCUAUGAAGUAUGGUCUUAUAAUAGGCAACUUCCCAAUACAUUUUUAUGUUCAAGACCAGUCGAUAAGGGAAGAUUCUCGGAGAAUGGGUAGCUGACAUAUUUUGAUUCAUGUUUCCAUUUCUCCCUCCUUCCUUUCUUCCUCUUUAUUGGACCUGGAUACACGCCGUUAAGCCAGGUUGUAGUGUAGCUUAUUCCUGUCAAAGUUUUAUUACGUUAUUUUUAAAGGUUUUAUUAAAAGCAAGUUAUGUUUUAAAGGAUAUCUAUAAUAAUUUUGUAACACAUCGCUUUUAAUUGCCGUGUAACAUUAAGGCAACGUCUUUGUAUUUCAUCGACGUUUUAUUUAUCAAGGAAAUGAUCUUACUUCAAAUUGUGGUGUAUCAAUAAACCUGAAUCCUUAUAAUCUAUUGUUUCGAUGAAAAGCUGCGGUUGAAGUGGAUUGGUAAAAAGAACAUUAUCUAUAUGGAUAUGUUUGUAUAUUCAUUUUACUUCAGUUGAAAGGAAUUCAAUUAAGGCUAUUUAUUUACUUUAUUCAGUAAAGUUUUAUAAAAUAGAAUGUCAUUUUAUGAUGAUAAUUUAAAAUAUGCAGUUUGUACGAUUAAAAAACAGGUAUUACAUAUACAUAAAUCGAACCGAUAAUUACAAAUACUUUUAAACGUAAGGAUAACUAUAAAGAAUAUUUAAUUCAAUAUUAUAUGAAAGAGCUGAAACAAAAACAUUUGAUGUGAAAGAAAAGACCAAAAUUGAAGCAUAAAUAAUGGCAACUUGGUCCAGAACAGUCUCCUAACAAGUAAGAGGGAAAUUAAUGGCUUAAUGGCUUUAGCUUUUUGAUUAUCACUAUGAAAUUAGAUUGCCAACAUACUGUUGUAAACCCUGCCCUUGAGUGAGGCAUUUUUUGGGUCAAGAGAAGACCAUGCUUUUAUUAUUUGCAGCUAGGUUUUGGCUUGGUCGCCCCUUUCCACAAGAAAACCAAUUUUUACAAAAAAAU